GUACCGAUCUGACCCCGCCCACUGCCGUAGUCAACCCCUCGAUUACCACUCAGAACUCUCCGGGUUCCUCCGGAACUGCUCGGGUGUUUCCGUCUCCACAUCGGCACCAAUCGGUUCUCUCCAUCCUCCUAGGUGCUCCCCCCCCUCCCUCGCCCUGCUUUUAGAACUCGGUUAUCUCCGUUUCACCGAGGCUUUGAAUCGAAUCUAUUCGGAAACCCUCGACUUUGGCAUAACCAUGAUCGGAGUCAUUCGGCUCUCUUCGGACCUAAAGCUGAGGCGCUGAGGUGCUUGGGUGUUUGGAGCUGGUCCGGGACCGGAAGUGCGUGGGCUGCCUGGCUGGCCUUGCUUAGGGUUUUCAGGAAACAUGGAAGCGGUGGCGAUAGUUGGAGCCUAAGUACUCUGAUGGUCUCUCGGUGCCCUGUGAGAGGAAAGGGGAGGGUGCAUAACCCCACAACUGCCACUGCCAAGUGACCACAGCUCGGCAGCUCCUGAGUUGAGCAUCUGCCCCCUGGAGGAUGCCACUGGAAUCAUCAUCUUCGAUGCAGCUAUCCUUCUCUUCUCUCUUACCCUCAGUGCCAGGCAAUUCUAUUAACUCUUCCCUUCCCCCAAUGUCUUACAUCACUUCCCAGGAAAUGAAGUGUAUUCUUCACUGGUUUGCCAGUUGGUCAGGUCCCCAGCGUGAACGUUUCCUACAAGACCUGGUAACUAAAGCAGUGCCAGGAAAAUUACAGCCAUUGCUAGAAGGUCUGGAGCAGCUUAGUGUGUCUGGAGCCAACCGACCACCUUGUAUCUUUGAGUGCCAACUACGUCUUUGGGAUCAGUGGUUUCGAGGUUGGGCUGAGGAGGAGCGCAAUGAAUUUGUCAGGCAGCUGGAGGUCAGUGAGCCAGACUUCGUGGCAAAGUUUUACCAAGCAGUGGCUGCUACAGCUGGUAAAGACUGAUAGGCAUUAAAGUCAGAGAAGACAACCAUAGUUGAUGGAGCCAAAGGCACAACUCUACAGUGAGAACUUCAGAUGUGCCACUUAAAGGUCUGGGGAUGGUAUCCUGAUUCACUGACUGAGCUUGCUGACUAGUACAGGCCUGGUUAUUUCAAUGUUUACAGCACAUCCGCUGGACUACUAGUGUAAAUGUGUUCCAUCUAAGCAAAUCCAGAGUAGCAGUCUGCCUCUAGCUUACUUCUUUCCAGGAGAUGUCAAACCCUCAAGAAUUUAAUGGCUUCUUUUGCAACUAUAACCAAAAGGCACCUACACAUAACUCAAGCCUACUGCUGGCCCAUGGGGAUAUAAAGUAGAACCUUCCUACUCCAGAAGCAGGAGAGAAGAGCAAUAAAAGGUCACGUUUUUAUAUUUAGCUGGAUUCAGAUGUCUGGUUUCACCUCCCUUAGCAGAUUCAGGCAUAAUUAUGUGACAUCCUAACCACUAGCUUUUCCUGUGAUGAUUUAGAAAAAAUUAUGGAAAAAUCAGAAGAGGGAGAUAAUUAUUCCUUCCUCCACACUGAUGUGUGUUUGAAUCCAAAUAGUAAUGACUUUUUCCAAAAGCAUAUGUGAUAUCCUUGGAGCUGUUAGAAGAUAUUCUGUAAGAUUGCUCUAUAACAAUAUGAAAAAAAAAGUGACAUUCUUUAGAGGUUGAAGGGUUUAUUUUUUUGUAUCAAAAUAAAGAAUGAAUCUUUGGAA